AUGACUUCAACUCCAGCGCUCCCACCAGGUACUCCUCUUAAACUCCCAACUCCAUCGACAUCACAUAUAACCUCCCAGCCCGUCUAUCCGCCAUCUGAAGACUCCUACCUCCUUCUUGAUGCCUUCUCACUCCCCUCCGAAAUCGCUUUCAUAUCUUCCCGUCUCCCAGCCGGAACUCCAUCCCCACUUCUCGUCGAAAUAGGUACUGGUUCCGGCAUCGUCUCUGCUUUUCUAGCCGCUCAUGCUGGUGUACUUUUCGGCCGACAGGAUGUUAUCACGAUGGGACUUGAUGUCAGUUAUACCGCCAAUACCGUAACAUCUACAACAAUAUCAAAUACAUGUUCUGAGCAUCCCGAAACUUCAGCUACAUUUCUUGAUUGUAUGACAUCGGACCUUACGUCAUGUUUAAAACCCAAUUGCGUGGAUAUAUUGGUUUUUAACCCACCAUACGUCCCUACUUCUGAACAUCCAUCGUUAUCAACAUUACGAGAUGGGAAACAACAGAAGGUCAUUGUGAACUCGAAAAGUCGAGAGGAUUAUGAUAUGGAAGACUAUCUGUUCUCUUUGACUUAUGCUGGUGGUGAUAAGGGCAUGGAGACUACUGAUAGGUUGUUGGAUCAACUUCAUGAGGUACUAAGCGAGAGGGGCGUCCUCUAUCUUCUCCUCUGUGCUGGAAAUAGACCGCCAGAGGUUCUCGGGAGAGUUACGGCAAUGGAAAGCGGAUGGAAGAUGGAACGUGUGAUCGAAAGGAGAGCAGGGGGUGAGAUACUGAGUAUUUGGAGGAUAUACCGUUGA